UAGUCAUCUUAUUUUCUGGAGAGACUGUUACAAACUCUGAUUUUCCUUCGCUUUCUCGGAAUUGGCGAGAAAAUCAGAGAGAGUGAGAGUGGGGAUAGAAAGUUAUUUCUUCGAGAUAGUUUGUAUUUCUGACUUUACGUCUCUUUUUCUUACUGUUGCAGUAGAAACCCUAGCUCCAAAAUUAUUGAGCUCAGUGGGGACUGGGGACUGAGCUCAUUCACUAUUGUUGUUGUUAGUGUAGUCGUCGAUAUUUCCCAUUUUGGUGAGACAUCUCUCUGUUUCAUUUUCCAGAUUAGAUUGAAGCCAACAUCAAAUUCUGAAUACUUCCAAGUCGCGAUUUUCGACUUUGGGAAAAGGUGGGAAGGUCGGUGACGAUGGCAAUGACUGGAUAGCAGAGAUCGAGAUCUUUUUGGGGUUGGUUUUUUUGUUUCAUUAACUGUUUAUAGUCGAUUAAUUAACGGUUCAGAUAUUUUGUGGUUUAGAUUGAAUCAUUGAAUACGUGCUUAGUGUGAAAUCAUUGAACAUUCUUUGGCCGCUUUGAUGGGGCUAAAUUGAUCAUACUCAUGUUGCUUGCCCUUUAAUGGAAUUGAAGGGUUGAAAAUAGAGGAGUAUAAGUGUGCGACGGCUAACAGUUCCAUUAUUGGAAUAAUUGGGGCUACAGAGAAGAAGAAGAGGUGAUUGACGUUGUGGACCAGCUCUGUAGAAUUGAAGGGGUAAAUUUCAAGUCGAUGACCUAGGCAGUAACUUUUCCUAAGAGUUUGUGCAGUAAGAGGACAUAGGUGGAAAGCACAAUUCAUUGCAAAUGGUUGCAGGAACUUUCGGAAAGUUUACCAUUUUCACUACUCAUGAUAAGCUUUGACAUGUAUAACUCAAGUGUAAUUUUAGAUUUUCUGAAUGGUGGAUCCUCAGACUGGUAAGGUGCUAUACUUGUAAGGUAAAGCCUGGUGAUUGUGAAAGGCAGAGGAAUAUCAGAUCGCAUGCCAUUUUGCUUCUGCAUUCAGUGGAGAGAUUAACUCUAAUCUUUUCAUGAACUUCUUCCCAGCAAUGGAGUGGAAUGCGAAGUGGGACUUGGAAAACCUGGUGAUUUUCAGUUCAAAGGCGAUUGAAAGUCCUAAAAAGCUACAACCAACAGAUUGGGGGAUUGAAGAAGGAGAACUUGAUGCUGUGUCUUUCAAUUUAUCUGGAGGUGGUGGUGGUAGUGGUUUUUCUGGCUCUGAUAUGGGACUUGGUUCUUCCGCAAAGAGCUCAAUAUCAGCUUCAACUGAUUCUUCAUCAAAAGAGGGGAUGAAAACUUCCAAUUUCAUUUUUGAAACUUUUGAAGGUCUUCCUGAGGGCUCAAACAAGAAGAAAGAAAUGGCCAGAAAUGAGCAAAUUGGAAUUGCUCCGCCUCUGGAGGCUUCGAUUGGCUCUGGUGAACCAUUGAUUGGUCUGAAACUUGGUAAGCGGACGUACUUUGAGAAUAACUGUGCUGAGAGCAGUGCUAAGAUCUCACCUUUUGCUGUGAUUCCUAAUUCAUCUGCCACUACAGCAAAGAAAAUCAAAUCAUCUUGCCAGAGCACACCUCCCCCACGCUGCCAAGUAGAAGGCUGUAACCUUGACCUUUCAUCUUCUAAAGAAUAUCAUCGCAAGCAUAAGGUUUGCGAAAGUCAUUCAAAAUGCACGAAGGUCAUUGUAAAUGGUCUAGAACGUCGGUUUUGCCAACAGUGUAGCAGGUUCCAUAGUUUGUCUGAAUUUGAUGAAAAGAAGCGAAGCUGUCGCAGGCGGCUUUCUGAUCACAAUGCACGGCGCCGCAAGCCGCCACAGGAAGCAAUACAGUUUGAUUCAACAAGGCUGUCUUCAUCAUUUUAUGGUGGGAGGCAACAUAUGAGUUUCGAGUUGAACAAUGUUCCACUUGUUCACAAAAGACCUGCUGCAAGUCCUACAUGGGAAAACACAAGCCGCUCCAAGUUCACACUGACAAAUGGGUGUAUAUUGGACCUGAAAAAAGCUGGGGGCACUGACGGGCUGCUGCAUUCGCCAGGCAUUCAGCUGCCACAUGCCAUCAGCAUGCUUAAUUUUGAUUCCAAUAGGAUCCUGCCUUGCAAGGACACUGCGGCUGAGGUAUUCAAUCAAGGUUUGAAGGAAUCUAUGUUCUCUUCCAGCUUGGAUGAAGCACCGGAUAUUCCCCGUGCUCUCUCUCUUCUGUCAACUAAUUCAUGGGGUUCACAGCCAGAAUCCAUUACAUUUAAUCACCCCGUUCAUGUAGAUCAUAGCAGCAUGCCUCAACCUGUGAUGCAUGCAGUGCCCCAAGGCUUGCCACUUGCUUCAUCAGGAUUCUGGCAAACUGGACAACAGUCAACUGAUUCCCAGGUGAAUGGUUCGACCGCAAUCACUAACAGAGGUAAUAACUUUGAAGGAAUCCCGAUGUUCAAAGCGCCAUAUUUGACUGGCUUUUACUCCAAUGGAUUGAACUGACUACUGGAAUCCAUCAGCUCAGCCCAAUCAAGUCGAUGUUAAGCAUAGUUUUCCGAUCUCAGGAUUCAAACUUGAUAUCUGGUUGAUUUCUAUUGAAGAAAUGCUACGCAGCAGUCGAUACUUGAUAGUAUAGUCCCACCCGAUCUGUAUUGUUCUCUCUUUGUAAACCAAAGCUGCCGAUGUGUUGGAAUUUGAACAUGUUGCAUUCAACAUUGCUUUGGUUUAGAAUGUAUGGCAUCUACGUAGUUUUUCAGUUUGGUUACCAGUUGGUGCGAACGAAAAGGAUUUAAAAGUGCAUUUGAACAUAUUUUAAUAUUCACUACUCGAAAAUGUUGCCCUACUCUAGCAUGCAUAUAAUUUGGAAAAUGUGGAUUUUGAUGGUCUCAUAAAUCAUUGAAUACUUCAGAGGAGCAUGUUGGGUAUGCCCAAGUGUGUUCAAAAUCGACUCAUCAAUCGUAAAUUGCUUUUUCUGCUUCUUCAA